UUGAGAACGGUGGAGAUUCUUUUGAGAAAACCCCUUUUCAUACGGCUUCUACUCAACGUUAUAUCUUCAGUUCAGCCUUCGAUAUAUAUCGAUGAGUACCCUGAACCUCCUCUAUGAAAAAACCAGUUCAAUGCUUCACGGUCAUCAUCAUAAUUUCCUUUUUCUCGCCAGUAUACAUCUUACUACCACAGCCAAAGCCUUCCGUCAGCUGGGACAUGCUUUGGUGAGAAUCUUGACUGUUUGCGGCUGCGAGGAAGGAUGGAGACACAUGAUCCUCAUCUUAUAUCAUUAUUAAGACGCAACGGCCCCGGAGCCGAAUGACCAUAUCGGAUAGGAAGUUCCCUCUGGCCGAGUUGAUAUUGCGCGCCCUGCAAAUGAUUUCAGAGUACUGUUGGAACUAACGUCGCGGUCUUGUUUGCUCGCCAAGAUCGUUCCUCAGCCGCAGCGGAUUGGUUUAUUUGUUAAACUGGCCCCAGACAGCAGCUUAAAGGCGCCGAUAGUAGGGCGAACAACCCCGUCAUAGCCCGCUAGGGAGGCAAUGCACUUGUGGAUGGGCCGCAAUUGCUAGCUUUUUGCCGCGGCGGAGCGUCGAAGAAGGACUCAAUACUCCCCGAGCCGUUCGUAACCGAGCAGAAAUGCAGUUGCUUGGGAGUGGGAUGGGAGAGUUGAACGCGAGAAACCAUAUCAGUUCGGAGAUGUUGAUGGUUGGUGACGCUGCUGACUAACGAGAUCUCAAACAGAACAGAACCACAGGAGUUCAACAACCUCAACAACGUCGAGAAACUCGUUUCAACGGGCGGGCAUGCGAUAAAGUCAGUUACUUUGCAUGAGCAGUAUGACUGCCCAAAGACCCUUUCAUGCAUAAGAAUUAUUUGGGUUAGGUUGAAACACGAUGUGCGACAUACCAACCUGCUUGCUUUUUGUCUGGUGUUGUACGGUGCCAGCUCGACAAUCCUGCAGACGUGAUGCACUGGGCUGCACCCACCCGGGUUGGGCCCUAGCUCGAUGCAGCUGGGGGAAAAAGAAAAAAGAAAAAGAAAAAGAAAAAAAAGAUGAAGAGAGAGACGAGAAACAAGCUGGCAGCAACACCAAACGACAACACGAGCCGACCAGCCCCAGUCCUAGUACCAGUGAGGCCCCCCAAUCCCCACGUUGCAUCCAUCUGGGGGGGCUACAACCUCUGAAGAACCAUGAAGGGGUUGUCCAUCAUAAGGCUCUCUGUAUAUGGACGGCAUCUGCAAGUUGAUGAAGACAAUCCUUUUGAAAUCGCCAACGGGCCCCAAGGGUAGCAGCACAGUGCAUUCCUACAACCACCUGCGGGCUCGCCACGUUGCUGGUGUCAGGGAAAGUGGUUGGCGUCAUUAACCCAUCGACUUUGAUAGCAAUGACAGUGAGAAAGACACAAGUCGAGAAAACCAUGAGUCUAUGGUUCAAUCGAAGUACUUUUUUUUAUUACAAAACGUCGCUAAUCACCUUAGAUUUUAUGGCCUCUUGCAAUAACAUUUCCAAAGCUACCUACCCCCCGGUCAAAUCUGGGGAAAAGAUGUUGAAUUGAGCCUCAAGGUCCUACUAACUCAGUGGGGAAGCUCCAUGCAUCAUCCAUGAAGCUACAAGAUCAAUACAUAUCUCUCAUUAUAAAUUGGGUGUGGCACUACUGGGCUAUGAAUGGAGCCGUUCAUCAUUUGGGUUCCCCCCGCUAACAAGGAAAUUGCAUGACAGCUCAUAACUCGAGACAGGCUGGUUGUAUCAUAGACAAAACCGGAGGGGGUGUAUAACAAGCAGUUGGUUCAUCCCUCACACUCGUCCUUAGAAUGCUUUAUCUCUGUCCAUUUUUUAUCCGCGGGCAUUCCUUUCUGCUCCCUUUGGUUCGUGAUUUUAUUUAUAUACUUAUCCAUUUUUAUUUUUAUUUUUUUUCUUUUAUUUGUUUAUUUUUUUAUUUUUUUAUUUUUUUUAUUUUUUUUUAUUUUUUUUAUUUUUUUUGGGGAUUCUCCAACCACUUGUCUGUUCCCCGAGUGAGGUACUUCUUCAUGGAGUAGCCAACAUUUUCCCGACUUCAUCCUGCACCAAUUGAAACCAUAAUAGGUCCUGGUUCUUUCAGAUAACGAUCCAUUCUCUCGGCCAGUCCUCUUAUCGCUCUGCCACGCGCUCAAAGACAAAGUGUCUGGACCAUCGUUCACCUUCAAUACCAAACAGCUCCUGUUCCAUUGUCCUCCGACUUGCACUCCCCGCAGAUUCCAGACCGGAACUGCCACAAACGUGGCCAUCAUUCACUUGCUGUGAUGAAAUAAAGCGUAUGCCAAUCGUCACACCAUAUCAAAACGCGUUUAUUUGGUGUAAGUAGCACUUUAUUUCCCUUCAAGAGCCUCUAUCGUGUGGGGUUACGGCGAAUCCCUACCUACCAUUGCCGAAGUAUCAUGAAAUCGCUAUAGAUGUGGCAAAGCGUCCGGAAAUAUAAAUAUCGCGUGUUGGUGUAUCAUUUCCAACUUCCCAUAGAACUAGCUUUUUCGUUUUAAGAAAAAAAUAACCUCACCCUGUUCCGCUCUGGUACAGGCCGUUGAUACUCUCGGUUACUCUCCUUGUACCAUUUUAUAUUCGUCUUUCACCAUCUGGCUACUUCCCUUUAAGACAUCGAAUUCCGAAUAGCAGAAUUCUCCCAAUGGCACCUUCCACUCUAGAGCGUUGGGCAAGUGAAGAAUCAGACAACAUUAUCGAACGUCUUUUGUCGCUUUCUUCCACGCCUACCUCGUCGGCGUUCGUUUCAACGGGGAGCACAUUUCGAAACGCAGGGUAUAAUGCAAGUUCCCGGCGGAGUUCUAUGAUUGUUGAAAACAACGAAGACACAGACAGUGAAUCGUCAUCCUCCAGCAUGUCUGCACCAAGUACAGCACCGACACUAUCUCGGCCUUCAUCGUCAGCGGCAUCCGAUUCGUUUUCGGAAUCCAUUGAUACAAAUAACGCUGGCAAGCUUCCCGCGCGAUAUGCCCUUGAAGAAGAUGCAGAUGGAAACCUCACUACCCCACCCGAAGCUAACGGCGCAGGGAUCGGCCAUUAUUGUUUCUUCCACAUACUGGAUUGUGACAAAAGCUUCACUAAUCUUGACCUGUGGAAGACACACGUGCUGAGCCACUUCCGCCUACACCCAGCGCCAACCACUGCACAGUGCCCUGCAUGCCCAUACCGGAUAUCGGACCCACACCAUGGCAUUGCCUGGAGAAGGAUGCUAACACACCUAGCAGAUCAACAUCUAAAGCAAGGAUACUCCAUUCAAAACAUCUGCCCAGAUUUCGAAACAAUGAGGCAUCUAUAUUGCGCCAACAUCAUAACUCGGGGGCAGCUACGGCUUCUACAACUUCCUGCAGCUCCUGGACGGCCGGGUUAUUCCCCGAGUCUAGAUUCGGUAAGAGUCGGGAUUGGCUCCUCGGACGACCCGUGUGUCGUCUAUAUGAACCGGCAUCGCGAGCGGAGGAUGAGAGAACGAUCGCGCAAGAUCAGUGUCGCUUGAGCUGGUCUGGUCCUCUUAAUCUUGUGCCAGACGAGGCUAUUAUCGCUGAGAAUAAGAUGUCAAAUCGAUGAAUUAUUGUCUUUGUUCUUCUUUAAGCGCCGCAAAACUUGGAGUCAUCGGGUGUCAUAUUGUCAUGUGUCGUUAUGCAAGGGAUGGUGAAAUGUGUCUCCUGUGGGAGGGUUAUGAAGCAGAAGAGAAAAGUAAGUUAUUAGAUAGGCCCUUUUCAUUUCUCGGACUUUCCUCCCCUAAUUCCUUUCUGGUUUAUUUAACCUGGCUUGGACGCUUGGGCCUAUGAGUGCAGUAGGCUCUUGUAUCAUCCAACUGCCAAAUUCACGUGCAGUCAUGAUGAUGUCCAACGCCAAUUUAACAAUGUGUGUUCCGUUAAGAUCCAUGGAUUGGUGCUUACCCCAGACAUUUUAGUUGGCCAUCACCUACGUCCAGCGCUUCGCAGAUCCUAAAGCAAUUCAUUGGAAGUAACCAUGAUUAGUUCAUUGACUUUUCACGACCCCAGGGUGGCAGCAUUGUGUGUGAUUGGCUUGGAAGAGCGAUGAGCCCUAAAUAUGAUUGUACAUUGUAAUGUAUGUAUGUACAAGUACAUGUACAUGUACAUAUCUCAGGAUGAUGGAUAGGGGAUGAAAUAUUCGUCGAGUCGCGACUGAUUCAGAGCUCAUUGUUUUUUAUUUUUAAGAUACCCAAUAUUUAUGUAAAUUCUUAUGCUCAUUAUUGAGAUAGCCUCUCUUAGUUAGAUAAUCGAUAUUCCACAAUUAGAUAACCAACUG